GCAACAAAGCCCUUUACCGUCUCUCUGAGCUGAGUAGUGAGAGGAGAUUCAGAAACUACAAUAUCUGCAGCAGCUUCAGAGCAUUUGCAAGCAUGGAUCUCAGCCAGUGCUUAUCUAUCCUAACCAAGGCCAGCUCAGAUAAUGAGAAAAUGGCUGCAAUGCUGGUGGCUGCCAAGCUGAUCAAAUCUGGAGAUAUCGGGAGUGAAGAUCGAAAAAAAAUCUUCAAUUCAAUUGGAUUCAACUUUUUGAACAGGCUACUUGCAACGAAGAUUAAUCCAGAAGAAUGCACUGAUAAUCCUUAUCAGGCGAUUGCUGUCACCAUAUUAGCUUGCUUCUGCACAGACCAAGAAUUGGCAUUGCAUCCUCAAGUGACCUCCAAAAUUCCUCUGUUCAAUGACUACUUAUCCAACUGUAAAGAGAAUAAUUUAAUAGCAGAAGAUGCUCUACAAUGUCUCCAAGGAAUCAGUACAACUUGCACUGGGUGCCGCCAUUUAUUGAGAUCUGACUACUCCACUCUCCAAGCCCUGGCUAAAAAUUAUAUCUGUCAAACCUCAGUGUCUGCAGGAGGAAAAGAUCUAUUGCUACAUAUUCUGAGACAAGAAGACGUUAGAGCAAUGGAGAGUUUUCCAUCUCACUUGUCGUCUCUUAUGACUGUGCUUGCUGCAGAGUUUAAGUCGAACCAGGAUGACCUGAAGUUUCAGCUGUGUAAACUGCUUCAUAGUGUGAUCCUACUAGCUGGAGACUCGUUGAACGUAGCCAUGGGCGGAGCUGAGUGGGUGAGAGACGUUGCAGCUGGGCUAAAGGACAUUCUGACCAGUAAGCUGGACUCAGUCCAUCGUGACCCUGCCCUACACUUGGCCGCUCUCCUAUGUCAACUGUUUGGAUUGCAAUGGGUGGAGCCUUCAGGUUCAAAAUUCAUGCUACUACUCGUUGACCUGUUCAAAGUGGAGGCAAGACUGGCAAUAGAUGGAAGAGAGGUGACUGAUGUUAGUGAAUCUUCAGAGCUGCUAUGUUCUUGUUUCAUUGUCUUUGAGUCUGCCAUAGCUUACAUCUUGAGACACAACGACAUUACAAAAGGAACUUCACUUACUGAAGAAGAUCUUCUCCAUUUGCAUACCACCCUAACUGAGAUAUUCACAUUUAUUCUCCUCCUUCUCAAGCAACUUGACUCCAUAACACCCACUGACACGCUCCUUGAAACACUCUCCAUGGAGACGACCCCCCUCCUCAUAGCGUGUGUGCGUGUGGUAGGGGCCUGGCUUGCAGAAGACAGCCUCUCACUAUCUACAGAUAUUUACUCGUGUCUCCCAUUUCUUGUUCGUCUUGCAAAGCUCACCGACAGCCCAGCAGCAGAGAGAGAGGGUAAAGACCUCCUCAAGUUCUUACUCCCUGGAUUAAGUCACCUCACAGCUGAGGACAAUCCAAGAAAGAGCCUCAUUCAAGCUGGUCUGUGGGAUGUAUUGCAGGCACACUUGCAGAGACUGCUUCUGGAGAAUCCUAAUAGUCUUGAUGGUGUAGCUGAAAAGCUGCGGUUUUGCUGUGAGGUGAUGGUGAAUGUGUGUGUCUGUGAGAGGAGUCUGUUCAGUGAUGGAGAAGAAGCUGCCAUUACCUCUGCACUCAUCUUUAAGAUAUUCACCAAAGCCCCUCCCUCAUGUCCCAUUUUGAAGAUGAACACUCUUCUAUUGUUCAUUCUCAUUGCAAACAAAACAGGCUCAGAUCAGCUCAGUCGACAAACUCAAGCCCCAUUCAAAGAGACACUGACUUCCAUUCUUCACUACCUUGUGUCCUUGCUGAGGGAUUGCCCAGGUGUGAAGCGGCACGGAGACCAAUCACUCUCAGCUACUUUGUGGGAGGAUAUCUCUGAACUAUGGUUUAUAUCCGUGCAAGAGCUUUCUCGGUCAGCUCUAUGGAAGUCAGAGCUUUUAGAAGUGGCCAUUAAUGGGAACUAUGUUCAGCAACUGACAACAGUCCUUGCAGACAUUGGAGAGGUCUCUAAAGGAAACGAUCAGCUGGAGUCGGUCGCUACUGCACUCUGUACCUUCCUCCAGUCAGUCACACAGUGAGAGAUUAUGUUGAACAAUCAAUUUUGGCUAAAUCUGAAUCAAUUUGUGCAAUCAAAUUACAUGAAUUUGCAAAAGUUUGA